ACCGUUGGCAAGCACGCAUUAUUGCUGAGAAGAAGAAGACCAUCGGUUAUUCCGCACGCAAGAAGACAAGAACCGUUAAAUCUACAGCGUCAAAAGAUGUCCUCCCAGAGGCGCAUACUUUCCGAUGAGCAGCCGCGUGAGCUUUGGGUGUCACGGGUGCUCACGUCGACGAAGCGCAAGUACGGCCUGUUCCUCACUGUCUUGGGCGUCGCGUCCCUGGCCGCGGCAACGCUCUUCACGUUCGCAGGCAUGACGCAGCAGCGUGUGAGCGGGCGGGGCGCUCCCAACGAGGAAGGCAUGAACAUCCAAGAAGAAGCAGAGGAGAGCAUGGACGUCAUCAGGAAGGCAUUUGAAGAAAACUCAAAGGAGAAACAAAACGCGCCAAAUGAAUAUUCAGCGUCGUCGAACGUGAACCUGUUGUGCCGGUUCUCUGCGCGCUACCGCACGGGUGUCUACCCUUACGGUGUGUGCACGCACUUCAUCUACGCGAGUGUGCCCAACCAAGUGAAUCCGGACUCGCCGCAUGACAAAGACGUGCUCUACAGCUACGACCUUGCGGCGUUCAAGAAGUUCCUGCACUUGCGAGACCUGGCUGCUGAAGUGCGACUGCUGCUCUCGGUCGAACUGGAGGCAAUGCUGCGCACGGGCUGGCCUACAAAGCGCCUCGCCUCGGAUGCCAGGGUAUGGCUCGACCGCAGUGGCGUCGAUGGGCUCCACCUGGACGGCUUGGACAUCCUGCCCAGGAGCAUUCACAAUGUCAGCGAAAUCGUCACGGCCCUGCGCAAGUCAUUCAAGCGACAGUACCUCCUCACCAUUGGCAUCGACCGCACGCAGAAAAUUGUUGAGGACGAGCUGCUGAACCUGAUCAAGCUGGUGGACUUCGCGAGCUUCGCGACGAGCCACGUCCGCCACACCGACGAGCGAACCACGUUGUCGAAUCCGUAUAGCAAGUACGACAACAGCACCUCCGGCCAGUUCUUGAGCCGCGAAGUGGACAAGCUGGCCAGGCUGGCUGCACGGUCGCCCCAGUCUCAGCUGUGCUUCACGCUCACGAUUGGAGGCAACCAGUUUCAGCUGUGGGACCCUUCUGAGCACGGCCUUGGAGCUCCAGCGAAGCACGUCAAGGAGAUCUCGUACUCCGAAAUCUGCAGGCGGCAAUGGAACGAGGUGAAAUACAUCCAGUCCGCCAUCGGCUUCUACGCGCACAGCGGCAGAACGUGGGUCGGCUACGACACUGAGAAGACCAUCGCUGCAAAGGUGCAGCUAGCUCUGCGCAAGUACCCGGACUUCUGCGUGAUGUUGGUACAAGUGGACAAGGACGACUUCCACGGCAUCUGCUCCGAGAAGCAGUUCCCUCUCGUGCAGAGCGUCAAACAUGCGAUGCGCCAGUAUCACCGGAAGCCGCCGGGUCUGGAAUCAUAAAAGCGCAGGGAGCGGUGCGAUCGCGCUUUGACUACC